GUGUAGAAUCAACUACCAUAAGUUCAUAACCAGGGGACGUGACACCGUGAGCUGAGAUGCCAAUUGUAUAAUAAUAAACCAUAAUAUAAAUAAAAUAUUACGUAAGCGAACGUGAAACAGUUUAUUGAACUAAUCUCUUGAAAAUUUGAAGUGAAUCCUCUGUUUAAGAACUCUUGACCCCCAGUAAACGGCUUUGUUUGAUUUUCUCGCCCUCUUGGUUUGAAGGAGGGACUCUUAUUGCAAAUGUAAAUCGACAUAUUCAUCUUUACUUAUGUUUUAGAGGUGACCAUAAUGUACAUGACUAUGAUAUCCAUUGAACAACAGUAAUACACAUGCUAUUCUUUGAUAUAGUUCCAUUUUUCUAUUUCAAUUUUCUUCUUCAUGGUUUAUCACCAAUUCAUCUACCCAUUGAUUGACCGUUGACCGAUAAAUUCUCUCCUCUUUAUAUCUAUCUAUCUCUAAACAUAUGACCAAGGGAUAAUCAUUUUUUUUAUAAUUUAAAGUUAAAUUGUUAUUUUCUCUUACAGUUUCUUUGCUAAUGGGUAUAGAGUUAAGUUUUGUUAUAGGAAUGCAGAACUGAUAGAAAAGUUGAAGAAGACACAUGCCUAUUUCCUUGAAUAAUGCAAGCAAUAAUAGAUGUUUGUUCACACAAGAAGGUCGUCUUCUUCUACCAAGAACUAGUAGCUGCAAGAGUACCAUAACAAUAAUCCCAUCAAAUAACAUCUGUUCCACCUCUUUCAUUCUUGAUCCACCCUCUACCACCGAUGAUAAACCCUUGUCGGAAAAGGUGGUCUUCGGUAGGCUAUGGUCGUUGUUUAUCAAGAUUCGGUAUCUCCAUAUUUCUCUGGUCGAUUCUCAACAUUGUAUCAAUCCACGUAAUUAUUCGGUAUCUGCAAGAUCUGGUACCGACCCAACUUUCAUUAAUGUUGUCGCCAGCUCGGAAAAUCACCAUCGUAUUAUUUGGUUUCAAACCUUCACCUUCAGCGUCUCAAAUCUCGCCGCCACCACUGCCUAG